AUGGAAAUCGACAUUUUGAUGCACUGUGAUUGGGAUUUGUGCAAUGAUAUCUUGACAGUUGAUUUUUUGAAAGAGCAAAGGGUGAAGUGCUUUGUGACAGGACUCAAGGCUCAUUGUAUGGCUCAAGCUUGUCUGAUGAUUUAUUAUAAAAAGACAAAAUCUUUUGUGAGCGGCUGCUUCUGGCAGGAUUCGCGCUAUGCUCAAGGGAGAUUCGAGGUUGGCCUCUAUUCUUUCACCGAUACAACUCAUUUCAUCAUCUGUGCCAUCGAUUACUGCAACGAAACACCGGGAAAAGCUGUUGCGAAUUUAGAGGAAUUUGACUGUCGGCCGCAAGGAUUUGAUGUUAUGGCGUUGUCCAACUGGUCUCCGGAUUAUGCUAUGGGGAGCGAUGAC